AUGGCUUCCAAUAGCAAUGGGCCGGUUUCAGACGACCGGUUCAAGGGCAUGGCACAUUCGGAGGCACACUACUUCAACAGCUACAAUCAUCAUGGCAUCCACGAGGAAAUGUUGAAAGAUGAGGUGCGAACGAAGUCAUACCGAGAUUCCAUCUACCAAAACCAGCACCUGUUCAAAGACAAGAUCGUUCUGGACGUCGGAUGCGGCACAGCCAUCCUCAGCAUGUUCGCGGUUCGCGCUGGCGCAAAGCAUGUGAUCGGAGUCGACAUGUCCACCAUCAUCGACAAAGCGAAGGAGAUCGUCGCCAUCAACGGCAUGUCGGACAAGAUCACGCUGUUGCAAGGAAAGAUGGAGGAAGUGGAGCUGCCGUUCCCCAAAGUCGACAUCAUAAUAUCGGAAUGGAUGGGAUACUUCCUUCUGUACGAGAGCAUGCUUGACACCGUUCUGUAUGCCCGAGACACAUAUCUGAACCCGGGUGGCCUCAUCUUCCCCGACAAGGCAACCAUAUUCAUGGCCGGCAUCGAAGAUGGCGACUACAAGGAGGAGAAGAUCGGAUUCUGGGACAAUGUUUGGGGAUUCGACUAUACCCCGAUGAAGAAGACCGCCAUGACCGAGCCGCUGGUCGACACGGUCGAUAUGAAGGCCGUCGUGACCGACCCCGUCCCCAUCGUCACCCUCGACCUCUACACUGUCAAAACCUCCGACCUCGCCUUCAAAGUCCCGUACACCCUGCAGGUCCGCCGCGACGACUUCGUCCACGCCCUGAUCGCCUGGUUCGACAUCGAGUUCUCCGCCUGCCACAAGCCCAUCAAGUUCUCCACCGGCCCGCACACCAAGUACACCCAUUGGAAGCAGACGGUGUUCUACCUGGACAACGUUCUCACCGUGCAGACUGGCGAGCAGAUCACCGGCGUGUUGGAGAACAAGCCAAACGAGAGGAAUCCGAGGGAUCUGGACAUCAGUGUCAGCUACAAGCUCGGCACCGAUGACCUGAUGCGGAUGGCGUCCGGGCAGGGCGAGUACAGGAUGUAA